UUCUGCUGUUCUGCCUCAUUCACAACGAAGUCGCUCAACAGAAGGUUUUGUAUGUUGAACAGAACACUCUCCUAGAUGAUGGUGCUGUAAAGGUUAAAAGCAUCUGAACGGCACUAGUACACCAUCCUCCACUGACUCCUUGAUCAGGAUGAUGAUAAUAAAGAAAUUGCGUACUCCUUUAGUUUCCUGGGAUGAAUUUUGUUUCGCUUCAUCUAGGGUUUUUUGGGUAUUGGCUUACUCCACACAAACACUAUCCCCUAAUGACGUCGCAGAUACAUCUUCUACGGCUGCCGGUACCACUCUUUAUCAUAGACUCGUUCGUUUUCGAGACCCUUCGGUUGUCCCAGUUCUAGACCUAUGGGUACAAGAAGGAAGAGCCAUUGAUCAAGAAGAUCUCCACGUGAUAAUUAAGCAGCUCAGGAAAUUCGGUCGCUAUAAGCAUGCUCUCCAGAUAUGUCGAUGGAUGAAUGACAAACCGUAUCUUGAUGUUUCAUAUAAAGAUGUUUCGGUUGAGCUGGAUUUGAUAUCAAAGGUUUAUGGUCUAAAGAAAGCCGAGGAGUACUUUAACAAAAUUCCAAAUACUUCAAGGGUCUGGCAGGUUUAUGGUGCCCUUUUAAAUUGCUAUGCCAAAGCGAAAGCAUUGGAGAAAGCAGAAGCCACCAUGCAGAAGAUGAGGGAGUUGGGUUAUUCUAGAUCAUUGACCUACAAUGUUAUGAUGGGCCUGUAUUCAGCUACAGAGAAAUAUGAGAAGCUUGACCUUCUAAUGGAAGAGAUGGAACAGAAGGGCAUUCGUAUUGAUAAGUUCACUUAUGCUAUUAGAUUAAAUGCAUAUGCAAAAACAUUGGAAAUACGGAAAAUGGAGAUGCUUUUACUGAAGAUGGAAGUUGAUCCAGAAGUGACGAUGGAGUGGCAUGCAUACACAUUGAUAGCAAAUGGGUACUUGAAAGCUGGUGAGAAAGAAAAGGCUUUGAUGUCUUUAAAAAAAUCUGAAUACCUCAUAAGGCCUAGUCAGAGGAAGUCAGCUUACGAGAUUCUACUCACUCUUUAUGCUAGCGCCGGAAGAAAAGAUGAAGUUUAUCGUAUAUGGAACCUUUACAAGAAUAUUGGUAAGUUUUACAAUCAUGGAUAUCUUUGCUUAUUAAGCUCACUUGCUAAGUUGGAUUGUAUUGAUGAUGUUGAGAAAAUAUACGAGGAGUGGGAAGCACAAAAUACAUACUUUGAUUUCCAUGUCCCGAAUCUUCUCAUUACUAUGUACUGCAAGAAAGGACUCCUAGAAAAGGCGGAGACAUUAGUGAAAAAGCUUAUAGAGAGUGGAAAGGAACCUAAUGCAUCAACAUGGUCUCGCAUGGCAAUGGGUUAUGUUAAGAAUGAUGGAAUGGAGAAGGCAGUGGAGGCGAUGAGAAAAUCUAUUUUAGGUAGUUUUCAUGGGUGGACAGUAGACACCGCCACUUUGUCUGCUUGUCUAGAUUACUUGGAUCAUAAGGGACAUUUAAAUGAAGCUGAAGAAAUGAUCAAAUCACUCCACCAAAAAGGUCACUUAUCCGAAGGGGUUUAUAUGGGUAUCCUGAAAAAUUUGUCUCGGAAACCUCUUGUGCAAGAUCUCAUUUAAAUGACUGCAAUACGCCAAGCAAUUUUCGCUCAGGUAUGCUAACUUUGUAAUGAUUGGAUAUCUGCCAUCUUAGGAUAAAUCUUCUAUCUUGACUAGAUUUUUAACAAAUUCUUCUUAAUUCUUGUCUAGCAUAGCAUCUCCAAAUCUAGCUUAUGUUAUACUGCAUUUCCAUAUCUUUGAUAUGCAUUUUGCUCUAUUUUUUAAUGUUUAAAUUGAGUUGGUGACUUAAGGUUAUGAUCCUUAAGAACUACACAUGCUGA